AACACAUUCCACCCUUAAAUGGCCAGCGUGCCCAUAGUGGCCGGACCGGAGUCGCCGGCAAUUAAUUUUCUCUUCGACAACGUCGUGUAUCGUGCCCGGGCCAGUGAGUCCGGCGGCGAUGGCCACCAUCGUCGGUCGUCACCCCUGUUGGCCGGCCUUUCCGGUCAGUUCACCGGUGGGCGGUUGACGUGCCUACUCGGACCCUCGGGAGCGGGCAAGACAACACUGAUUGACGUACUGAGCGGGUACCGUGAGCUCCGUGGUCUCCAAUCGGGGACGUUUCAACUCACCGGACGGGGGGCACCAACCACCGAUUCCACCCCUUCCCUGACGGCCACCACCAGACGUCAGCUUAUCGGUUACUGCCGGCAGGAGGAGUUGCUGUUCCCGGAGCUAACUGUCACCGAGACGCUGCGCUAUGCGGCCGCCUUUCGCCACACACCGGCCCGCAAUCACCGAAUGGUGGACGACACGUUACGGCUACUCGGUCUCGAUGGGCCCAGUGUCCGGAAUGCGCGAGUGGCGGUCCUAUCCAGUGGUGAACGGAAAAGGCUCGCGAUAGGGCUGGAGUUGGUCGGUGAGCGACGGAUUCUGUUUCUGGAUGAACCGACGACCGGGCUUGACAGUUGCACUGCACUGGCCGUCUUGAAGCACCUGCGGCAUCUUGCUGGCGGUGACCCUGGCUGCCCUCGGAUCGUGGUGUGCGUCAUCCAUCAACCGAACUCCGCCCUGUUCCGGCUGUUUGAGGAGGUGUUUGUGUUGCGCCGUGGACGCUUCCUGUAUCGUGGUCCAAUUGGGCUUCCCCUUGAGCGAUCGCUCGAGCAGGCCGGUGUCCACUGUCCACUGUCCUACAAUCCAGCCGAUUACGUCCUGGAGCUAGCGUGCCGGGAGGAGAGCGAUCCGGCUGUUCAGUGUUUAUUGGACGAAUUUGCACCUCCGCCAGGGGUCCCGCGGCCAGUUCCAAAGCUCACCACGGCUCUUAUUUCCCCCGAUGUCACCAAACAAACCCUGGGAACGGUGGCAACCGGGUGUCGAUUGUUACUCGCGAGAACACUGAUACGCUCCCGGCGUAGUCCGGCACUUCUCCUGGGGCGUGUGCUGUUCCAGAUCAUCGGUUCCGUCCUCUUCGGUCUCCUCAUGUACGGUGUCGCUAACGAUGCAGAGAAAACGAUGCAAUCCGUGUCGUCGGUGUUCGUGCAGCUGGUGAUGGUGUGGAUAGCGAACGCCACCACGACGGUCACGGUGACGGUCGCGGAACUGCCGAUCGCCGGUAAAGAGUACGCAAGCGGUUGGUACUCGACCGGCACCUACUUCCUCUCGCUGGUUGCCUUUCAGCUUCCUAUCACGGCCCUCGGUUCCGUACCGGCCGCCAUCAUCCUGUACGUGCUGACUACCGGUGGGUCGGCACUCGAAGAGGCCCCCGCUGGCGGUCCGGAUCGGCUCGCAAUGCACGUGCUCAUCAUGUUUCUGACGGCCUGCAUCGGUCAGUCGGUGGGCAUGCUACUCGGUGCACUGUUCCGGCUCGAGACGGCCAUCUUGAUGGUACCGUACGCCAACAUUACCUUCUUCUUCGUCAACAGCUACUUCGUGCGGGUGCGCGACGCCCUGCCGGUGGUGCAGGCGAUCGCCCGGUUGUCCUACUUCCAGUACAGCUUCGAAGGUGCCAUCAGUGCACUGUACGGGUACGGGCGGUCGGAUUUACCGUGCGGUGAGCUGUUCUGCUACUUUCGCAAACCGCGCAAGGUUCUGCACGUGCUCGAUGUGGCCGGCGAUCGGUUUGCGCUCGAUGCGCUCGUACUGGUGCUCUGGAUUGUGGCGCUCAAUCUGGCGCUCUACUUCGCGAUAAGAAGCCGCCUCAGAAGCUGCUUUCAAUAAAUCCUUCCCACCGGCACCGGUUGGCCAAUGAUGGCCGCGUGUGUCCCGUGGCUUAA